UACCAUCGGAACUUCGGCUCACCGGUUUCGAAUCGUCGUUUCCAUUCAGUCGCACUUCGGACGUGUUCGCGCUAGGAUCGAUUCUGUCCCAACUCCACGCUCGGUCGGUUUAUUCAUCCCAAAAGUAGAGUCGUAAAGUCGGUUGUUUGGGCGCGCGUUUCGGGUAUCCUUACGGGGAGCAGACUAGGCCUCAGAACUAGAGAGAGUUGGGGGAUAAAUUUGCAAGUUAUUGCGCGUUUUGACAGUCGCCGCAGUGUUCGUCGCCGUUGUCAAGGUAGCGCGGCGCGUGGAUGCUGUGUUGGGGCUGAAUUUGGAUCAAUCGCGUGGCGAUGCUGCGGUCGUAACCAAGCGACGACCAAGAGAGUUGGGGAGAACAGAAGAAAACGUUGAAGCGUUGAGAUGGAGAAAGUGCCGGAGACCGGCUUUUCUGGCUUUGGCGACGGCAGAAGGUGGAGGUAGAAGUGGAGUUGUGAGUGGAGAAGAAGUGCGAAACGGCUUAACGGAGUUGGAGUUUUGAGAAGGGGAAGAAUAAGGGAAGCAUAAGCGAUUCAGGAGAACAGAAUCGCAUCACAGUGCAGAAUUGGUGCAAGGAAGAAGGAGGUGAGAAGGAGAAGGUUUCUGUAGGAGCAUUGAAGAGGAAGUGUCGGUAGUUGAUGUAGUCGUGUGGAAGUGUCUCGGUGAUUUGUGGAUGUACCCAGAAGAGGAGAAAGAAGUGAAUGCAAAAAGAGCGUUAUUGUUUAUGGCCCCUCGAUUAUUGGCCUCUUUUGUGUGUCGGUGAAAUGAAGUAAUUCGCAGAGCAUCGUGUGCGUACGUGUCGGUGUGCACACCUUGUAUAAUGAAGCUAGUGAAAACAGCAAGUGCAGAAGAUAAUAACGUCGUGGGUGAAGAAGUACAAGCAGCUACGAAGCGGUGAAGAACCCCCCAAAAUGGCAAAGUGGAGUUCCAUUGUGUUGGUGGUGUUGAGCUAUGCAAAUGUCGGAUUAUCCAUACAGGACCAGCAGCAGCUACCCCAGCAUGACCCCUACUCCGAAACGUCCGGGCUGGUUCCGGAAGAGUUCCAGCACCACAAUCGCUGCGAACCCAUCACAAUCCCGUUCUGUACGGACAUCCAGUACAACAAGACCAUCAUGCCGAACCUGCUCGGCCACCACAAGCAGGAAGAGGCCGCCCUCGAGGUUCACCAGUUCAUCCCCCUCGUCAAGAUCGACUGCAGUCCGGACCUCAAGUUCUUCCUCUGUUCCCUGUACGCCCCGGUCUGCACGAUCCUCAGCUACCCAAUCCCACCCUGUCGAUCGCUCUGCGAGUCAGCCCGUGUCUGCGAAUCGAUCAUGCGAACGUUCGACUUCCAGUGGCCGGAGAACCUCGAGUGCUCCAAGUUCCCCCUGGACGGCAAAGAGUUGUGCGUCUCGCAGAACAAUUCCUCCGAGACGACGCCGAUUCCGCCGGGGGCGCUGCAGACCACCAAGCCGAGGGCGCCUCCACGGAAUACGCCACCGGCCGUGCUGAAGCACGACCUGGGCUUUGUCUGUCCGGUGCAGCUGAAGGCACCGGCCAUCAUGGGAUACUCGCUGACGGUGGGAGGAAAGGUCACCAAAGACUGCGGAGCACCGUGCAACUCGAUGUUCUUUUCGGAGAACGAGCGGACCGUCCUAAAGUACUGGGUCGGCUCGUGGGCAGCCGUCUGCGUGGCAAGCUGUCUGUUCACGGUGCUCACCUUCCUGAUCGAUUCGUCCCGGUUCAGGUACCCGGAACGGCCGAUCGUGUUUCUGGCGAUCUGCUACCUGAUCGUGGGCUGUGCGUACGUGGCCGGGCUGGGCGCGGGCGAUUCCGUGGCCUGUAGGGAAGCUUUUCAGCCCCAGAUCAAGAUCGGGCGGAUGCAGAUGCUAUCGACGAUUACGCAGGGUCACCGGCAGUCCACUUCCUGCACGGUGCUCUUCAUGGCGCUGUACUUUUGCAGUAUGGCCGCCUUUGGGUGGUGGGCCUGUCUGGCCCUCGCUUGGUUCCUGGCCGCCGGCCUCAAGUGGGGCCACGAAGCCAUCGAGAACCGGUCCCAUCUGUUCCACCUGGUGGCGUGGGCCAUCCCGGCCGUGCAGACGAUUUUCGUGCUGGCGCUGGGGAAAGUUGAAGGUGACGUCCUGUCCGGCGUUUGCUUCGUCGGCCAGCUGGACAGCCGCUCGCUCGGCAUGUUCCUGCUGAUCCCGUUGUGCGUGUACCUCUCGCUGGGGGCCAUUUUCCUGCUGGCCGGGUUCGUGUCCCUGUUCCGCAUCCGGACCGUCAUGAAGCACGACGGAACGCGCACCGACAAGCUCGAGCGGCUCAUGCUCCGGAUCGGCUUCUUCAGCGGCCUGUUUAUCCUACCGGCGCUCGGCUAUCUGGGCUGCCUGUUCUACGAGUACUACAACUUUGACGACUGGAUGAUCCAGUGGAACCGGCAGAUGUGUCGGAUCUUUUCGAUUCCCUGCCCGGCCACCAAGUAUAACGCCCAGAUGGUGCCGGAGGAGGACCGGCCCAUCUUUCACAUCUACAUGGCCAAGUACGUGUGCUCGAUGCUGGUCGGGGUCACCUCGAGUGUGUGGCUUUGGUCCGGGAAGACCGUGGUCAGCUGGAAGCAGUUUGCGGAACGACUGCAGGGCAAGGACAGCCGGAGUCGGGGGGCGUACGUUUAGACGAGGGAAAGAAAGAAAGUCACUCCAGCACCACCACCACAACCACCAAGGAACCGUAUAGAUUUCUAACCCUAACUUUUUAGUGCGAGUUUUAGUCCACUUUUCGAACGCCUUUUUGUAGACUUCGUGGACGGGCGGUGGCGAAUCUCAGCUUUAAGGAAAUUACGCGAAAGGUAAACGUUAACUCGUAGAAGCGAAUAAUCAAAAACGUUUGAAAAUGAUUCGAUAGGAAUCUGAAUCGUGAAAUUUGUCGAUAUUGUAGAAAAUCGUUGAUACUAAGUAGAGACUGUCCUAUAAAAUAACGUAAGUUUCGAAAACAGUAGUUUUAUUCAAAUAACCACGCUGUGGGGUGGAUCAGAGCAGUAGAGUGGUGAUUUUUAAGUUGAAAAAAAAACAACAUUAUUGCAUGUUUUAGACUGACUCUAGGUUGAUGCAAAUUGGGUUUUUCUAAAAAAAAAUCUAAAUUUUCACAUUUUUGACAACGAAAAAAACAAUUACCUGUUUUUAGAUGAUUUCUUUUUUCAACUGGUCCUGUAAAUUUAAUUUUAAGGUUCAAAACUUUAUGGUUGAAUAUUCCCUUUUAAUGUUAUUUAACCUGAAAUAAUGUGUAAAAAAAAUAAAUUUAUCAAAAAGUUAUGCAAAAUGUACAAGUUCUUGAUGUGAAAUUAAAGAAUGUGUAAUUUUCAUGAGGAAUUGGUGCAAUAUUCAUCGUUUUUUUUUAUUACUUUUUUACACAUUAUCAAAAUUUAAAUUUACCCAAAAAAAACUUUUUUGAACUAAAAAAUGCUAACUAGGAUAAUAAACGCGACUUAUAAAAUUGUUAUCAGUUGAUUUUAGUUCAACUUUCAGUGCCAUCACCCUGUUUUAGACCACACUAAUUUGGGGUACGACAUAAAUGUUGAAUGAUAUUUGCAAAAGUCUUAUGUCUGCAUUGAGUAAUAAAUUCUAAGAAGUUUCCAUCUUAGAAUAUGGACAGAUUUUGUGUCCGAUAAAAAUGGUAAUAUUUCCUCAAAAUAUGUAAUUUUACAAUUAUUAUAUGUAAUUCAACAUUUCCAUAUGAAUUGAGCUAAAGCAAAAAUAAAAAGAUGUCACACCAUGCAAGGUUACACAGUAAAAUGUGUAAGUUUGGAAGAUUUAAUUUUGAAAUGUUGAAUAUAACUUCUAUAAUGAUGUAAUUUUACCUCAAUUUAGACUGAAAAAGUGACGUUUCAUCAAAAAGAAGCAAAAUUACACAUUUUCAGAGGUAAAAUUUUACAUUUUUUUUUUGACAUAAAAGAUGUUCCAUUUUCCAGAUGUAAUAUUACUAUGUUUUUUUUUUUGCUGUGUACAGCUUCUAUAACUAAUAAUUACACUUUGAUCAUUCUGUUUUGAAAAAAUGUGCAAUUGAUUGUCAAUAAUUCAGACGGUUGUUUCUAACAAUUGUAGUGUUUAAUUUUUAAUCGCUUUUUACAGCAAAAAGUUAAAAAAAUGUAUUACUUUUAAGAUGACAUUUUAUCUUUAUUUAUGUUCAAAAUGUGAAAUAACUCCGAAAAAAGUGGUAAAUUUUCAAAUUUGUAAAGCUGACGAUACAUUUGGAAAAGCUGGGUAUUAACGCUUUUUCGAUGUAAUUUAACUUCAAUUUAUGUGGAAUAUGUAAAAUUACAUAUUGAAAGAUGUUUAUUUACACAUUACCUUACUUUUACAAAAUUUGAAUGAACUUGUUUUCUGGAAAAAAUCUGUCGACACGCUCAUUUUUAAAUGUCAAAUUGAUAUGGUUUUUUUUGUCAUUUUAAAAAUACUUUCAUGUUGAGCUCAACAUGUAAAAUUGGUAAUCAACAAGUAUAAAUCCAUCUAAAAUGGGUAACACCAUAAAUUAAAAAUCAAAUAAACUUUGAAGGUUUUAAAACAAAGAUGUACACAGAAAAUAAAGUUCUAUAUGGCUGUUCAAAUUUGGAUGCAUCAAAAUCACUUCUUUCUAGGUUUUAUGAAGAAAAUGUUUUUGUUCACAGCACAAUUUAUAUAUUGUUGAUACAUCUGAAAAUGUUGAUUUAAUAGCGGAAAACGGCAAAAGUGAUGAGAAUUGGUCGAACGACUUAAAAUGAUUCAAUUGGGCAUAUUUCCUCUACCAUGACCUAUUCUUACUGUGUAUCUCUGAUCAUGGUUGAAGUUCAAUAAGUUUAAUAAAUUAAAUUAGUGUUAUGUUACAUUUACAUCAUUGUAAUGUAACACAUGAAAAUUGUUUUUUUGUUCCUGAAACAUUGCGUUAUUUUUCUUCAGAAAGUAACAACUGUAGAACUUAUAUUAAAAAGAUAAAAAAAUGAUCACAUUGACUCUGAAAAUUAUAACAUAUUUUAUGUCAAAAAAUUGUGUAAUUUUACCUUUGAAAACGUGUAAAUUUACCACUGUGAGUAAAAGGUAAUAAAAAUCAUGGAUAUAAAACAUCUGAAAACGUGAACUUUUUUGUGUCAAACCAAAACAAUAUAAGUAUUUAUACAAAAAAACAAUUUUCAUGUUACAUUACAUUGAUGUAAAUGUAGCAUGACACUAAUUUAAUUUAUUAAACUUAUUGAACUUCAAACAUAAUCAGAGAUACACAGUAAGAAUUUGUCAUGGUAGAGGAAAUAUGCCCAAUUGAAUCAUUCUAAGUUGUUUGACCAAUUCUCAUCACUUUUGCCGUUUUCCGCUAUUAAAUCAACAUUUUCAGAUGUAUCAACAAUGGAGAGUUGCUUGCUCACUUUUGUUUGAGCUAUUUAUUACUUUGGAACAGUUAAAAACACUUUUUGAAAGCUGUAAUUCAUGAUCAAAGUGUUGAUAGGCCGAUAAUAGAAAUAGGCUGAGAAAGGGUAUAGUUCCCCUAAUAUUACAUCUGGGAAGGGGUACAUUUUUUAUGUCAGAAAAAAUGUGUAAUUUUACCUCUGAAAAUGUGUAAUUUAACAACUUUUCACUUUUUCAGUCUAAAUUUGGGUAAAAUUACAUCAUAAAAGAGGUAAUAUUCAACCUUACGAAAUAACACCAUACAAAUUAACACAUUUUUUUACUGUGUAUUAUCACACAUAUUCUGAUGUAAAAUUAUACACAUUUUCUAGAAAAAAUGUUUAUUUUUUUGAAAUCAUCAUUAAAAUUAUAAUAAAAAAAAACAUUUUGCAUUUUUGUUCCAUGAUCAUCAUAUUUCAAUAUUCAAAAAGUCAUCAGAUAAAAAUAAUUUUUCCUUCAAAUUGUUGUAAAUCACCAACUCCACUCCUCAAUCCAUCCCAUACACUUGAAUAAACGUUGCCAAAUAUAUGUGUGCGUUACAAGCGCGUUAGAGUUCAGCAAUUUUCUGUUGAGUUUUUACUAGCACACAAACCACAAACCUUUUAAGUUUUCUGUACCAUAUACUCACACUUAAUUUGCGUAAGCUAGAAUUUUAAGGACCAACACUCUUAGUCAUCAGUUCACAAAUAAGUUGUUGUUUCACAAAUUUUAGAAUAGGUUUAUUUUACCGUAGGUAAGCUUUCUCCCACUUAGUUAAGGCAAUUGAACUGUGUCAUAUAAUAAUAGACUGCGACGGGAAAAAGUGAAGAGAGAAGAUUAAUCUUUAGAAGCGCGAUUUUUCUCUUAAAUAAGUUGAAACGUGAUUGUAUAAAGUGUAUCUGUAAUUAAAAGUUCUUUUUAUAUGACCCCUCGGCUAAGAUUUUACCGCAAAACUAGUUGAUUAGAGCACCAGAGAAGAAAAAAAAACAUUGCGAAAUUAUACAUCGUUGGACUUAAUCGAGAGAGAGAAGGAAAAAAAAUCAGAACAAACCCACAAGAAAUAAAUAAACAUUUUUAAAUGAC